UCAACACUUCCGUGAACAAUAAAUAAAUAAAUAGGACUUCGAUCUAAGAUCUCUACACUAAAACUCCUAAGAUCUAUUAUUUAUGUAUACAUUUUAACAGGAUGAUUAGCCAGUUUUUACUUUGGCAUUUGGUGUGACAAUGGACAGCGAUCUGCUUACAUCUGUCUCAUCUACGGAGUUGACCCUCAUAAACAAUAAUGUUGAUGAAAAUGGGGCAGGUCUACAUGUCCUUUCAACUGACUUUGGUCAUGGAUCAGAGGGCAUGAUGGGAGAGUUGUCCUCUGAUGAUUGCAGUAGAGGUGUUAUAUCACUGCCUGCUUUAACAUCAGAUAUGUCAAAUACCAUGAUGGAGAAAGAUGGAGAAAUUACACUUAAUUCUGCAUUUAUUCCUCAAAAUGCUGUCUUACUAGAAACGCCAAGGGGGUUAAUGUUGACAGUGCCUGAAAGUAUGGUUAAUAUAUCAUAUGGUGAUGAUUCCUCACCAAGUGAUUCCUCAAGACCUCUACUUUCUUGCAUCCCAGUUUCACUGUUUGGUACAUGUGAUGGGUCAGUUGACACAGUUCCUGAGUAUGGGGGUGAGGCGUCUAAUGAAUCACAACUCAAUGAUGAAAAUGAGGAGCUGAAGUACACCACACAUCUUGGGGGUGCUGUUUCUUCAAUGGAAAAGGAUGGUUUAAAUCAACAGUUGACAGUAUCAGAAGAAUCAACAGAAAUGUGUGUCACAACAAAGAAAAAAGGUGGCUGGCCAAAAGGUAAAAAGAGAAAGAUCAAACCUACAUUCACUGGACCCAGGGCCCCAGUAACUGGGUACGUGCUCUAUGCCUUAGAUAGAAGGAAAAAAAUAAAAGAAACCCACCCAGGUAUCACAUUUUCAGAAGUAACAAAAAUUCUUGGACAAGAAUGGAGUACCAUGGCUCAAGAAAUUAAAGAUAAAUAUUUAGCUGCUGCAGCAGAAGAUAAAAAGCGCUACAGGCAAGAGUUAAAGGCAUUUAGAUCAUCUGACACAUAUCAAGAAACAGUGAGAAAAAAAUUGCUGUUAUCCGAUGAUGCAGAUUUAUCAUCUAUUCAAGAAUCAUCAGAUAUUUUAAACUGUGAUGAGGAAAUAUCUAAUGAGCUUUAUUGUAAAGUGUGUCAAGUGUACUUCAACAAUCUUCAUAAUAAGAGAGAGCACAUGUAUGGUAAAUUUCACAUACAGAAUGUUGCUGGAGAAGUUGAAAAAGAACUACUACGUCAACAAAGAGAAGAGCAGGCAUUUAUGGAUGGUGCUCUGGUAGUAUCUGAGGACAUGUCACAGGAUGAGUUCUCUACAGCUUUGAGAAGCAAUGCUACCAGUAGUGUUAGCAGCAACAGUAGUUCUAGCUCAACCCCUCCAGGUCCUGUUGAUAUUCAUGGCUUUAUGAUGGAGUUCAUCCACAAAAACUAUGAACGUGAACAGGAGAUUUCAGUGCUUAAAAAAUGCUUAAACAAAGGCUUGCAAUACAAUGUGACUAUGUGUAAAGAAAUACAAGAACUCCAAGACUAUCAAAACAAGCUGGAAGAGGAGAUGAAGUCCCUGACCACUACCACAUCUGCUCUCAUUGUCCAAAGUGAUGCUCUUAAAAUGGUUCCUACAUUAUUUGGUAUCAUAAAUUUAUGAUCAGAUUAGUUAUUGGAAGUUUGAAUGGUUAUUCCAUGUUUACAUGCUUGCGAUUUUGUAAAACGUUUUUUGUACCAAAAAUUAUGAGCUAUAUAAACAGCAGUAAACUCCAAGAAUACUUUUUCUAGUUAGACAUUCCUAUUGAUACAUCAUAAUUUUUCAAUAAAUAAUGUGAUAAAAAGAUUGAUGCAGACUUCUGCCACUGUUAGUGUAAGAACAGCUAGUCUCCAAUGAUUUUGAAUAAUGCAGUUAAAUAAAACACAGGUUUUUAUUAUAAAAAAAAGAAUAUUUUAUUAAUGAUUCUAUGAGAUGCCAUAGUCACAAUUAUGAUUGCCAAGAUAAUAUUUAGUUGUUUCUAUAUUUUGUUUUAAUUGAUGUAUCAUGUGUAUAAGUCACCCAGCUGUGAUGGGUACCAGACUAAUUGAAGCAAGUGAAGCUGGCCUUAAUUCCUUACUUGCUUAUGUGAAAGAAACUUUGUAUGCUCUCUUUCAAUUAGCCCUAAGAAA